AUGGCAUUUGGCCAAGAGAAGGAUAUGGCAAGGGAGGAAGGGCCCACUGCACCUAAUGAGGUGGUGAGCAAUGCUGCUGAGAUUGACCUCAAUCAAGAUGAGGCAAUGGCUGACAUUGAAUUGGAUGAUAUUGAGGACUUGGACCUGGACCUUGAAGCUGAGAACCAUGAUGAAGCUGAGCACCAUGGUGAAGCUGAGCACCAUGGUGAAGCUGAGAACCAUGGUGCCCCUGAUAACCUUGGGGAAGAGGAUAACACCUGUGGGAAGGAGGCCACUGGUGAUGAAAAUGACUUCACUGAGGGUGAAGGCACGACUUAUCCUAUCUCCGAGGAGAUUGUCCAACUCCAGGCUAAGGUGGCAACUCAGAAUAUCACCAUCCUGCAGCAGCAGACGUCCAUUGAUGGACUCAAGAAACACACUCAAAACCUCGAGGCUCGACUGAGCAUUACCAUGAAGGAGGUUACUGAGUUCCGUCGCAGCCUGGGCACUAAGAACCGUGAAAUUGAGUGGCUUCAGAAGACUUGCAAUAAUCUGCAAGUAUCAUUCAACAAGCUCAAUGAGCAGGUGACCAAACUUAGGAGGGAGGGUAUCUACGAACCUCCUCCUGGGCGCAGGCCCGCUCCUGCUGCUCAGUCGGCACCCGCUCCACCCGCACCCCCAGCGUUUAACCAUCGCAAGACGGAGGUGCAGCCUUGGCUUGAUCUGGUGAAUGAAACCAUGAUCCUUGCGAAUGUGCGUCCUGAGGCUCGCGUCACUGCAGCCACUCGUGCAUUGGACGAGGUGGCCCGCAGGGCAGUGUAUGGCGCUAAGAAGCAGGCGCAUGGACCAUUUGGGUGGCCGGAGUUUUGCACCGCGCUGAAAGAGGCAUUCAUGGUCAAGAAGUCCGACCUGGAACUGCGCGGACGCCUUGAGCAUAUCAAGUGUCAUGACCGUCCGGUGCAGGAAUAUGCGGUCGAGUUGGAGGCCGCAGCACGCUCGCUCCAGAAGCCCUUGUCUGAGGAGGAGAUGAUGCACCUCUUUAUGAAAGGCCUCCCUAUCAACCUGCAAGAGGCACACAUGAUCGGCGACAUGACCAAUUGGACGACUUACAAGGAGCUGAAGGAGCAGGUGAUCAAAACUGACACCGUCAUUCGCACAUAUAUCCAUGGUCCUGCAAAGGCGGACCAGCAGCCCCGUGCUGAGGGCUCCGGUGGUCGUGGGAACUGGCCCCAGAACGCCAAUGGCGGAGGCAGUUCGAAUAAGCGACCUUUCCAGCAGCGUGAGCACCAGCCUGGACCGCAGGCCAAGAGGGCUAACGGGGGGGGAGGUCAUGGCCCUAACAAGCCGGACUUCUCCAAGAUGCGGUGUCGCGGCUGUGGAUUUAUUGGACACAUCCAAAAGCAGUGCCGUAACAAGAACCCAAUCAAGUACUCUGGGAAGCCGAAGCCAGGCGGCGCGGGACCUUCUGGAAAGAAGGAUUUUCAGAAGCCCAACUAG